GGGUGGGAACCAUAAAGUAGCCCACAGUGUUCACAUGAAGAUGUCUGACAACGCAGAGUCCCCAAUAGAAACGCAAAAAGAGGAGUCACAACCGCCUUCGGACGAGUCGACGACAACUGAUGAUAAGAAAAAAAUUGAUGUGCUGCUGAAGGCAGUAGGAAACACUCCUAUAAUGAAAACAAAGAAGUGGGCCGUGGAAAGGGGGAGGACGAUACAGUCCCUGUCUCAGUUCAUCUCUCGUUUCCUCAAGCUUGAUGGCAGUGAACAAUUGUUCAUUUAUGUUAACCAGUCAUUUGCCCCCUCACCGGAUCAAGACGUAGGGGUCCUUUUUGAUUGUUUUGGCAGUGAUGGAAAGCUCAUUCUGCAUUACUGUAAAUCUCAAGCCUGGGGUUAAACUGCUCUCGUCACCUCCCCCUUUCUUAAAUCAUCUUCCAGACAUGCACACAAUGUUGUUUUUGCCUUGUUUUUCUUUCAGUUUUUCUGUACAUACAUAUUGUAAAUAAAUGAUUG